AUAUGUAGGAGCCUGAGUUUGUGUGUUUGAGUAUAUAUAAACACACAUAGUGGUGGUGGAUUGCGGUGGCAGAUGGCGGAGUUCACACACUUGGUGGUGGUUAAGUUCAAGGAAGAGGUGGUGGUGGAGGAUAUUAUCAAAGGAUUGGAGGAGCUUGUUUCUCAAGUUGAUAUUGUUAAAUCCUUUGUUUGGGGAAAGGAUAUUGAAAGUAUGGAGAUGUUAAGGCAAGGAUUCACACAUGCUUUCAUGAUGACAUUUGGCUCCAAAGAUGAUUUCACUGCUUUCCAAACUCACCCAAAUCACAUGCAAUUCUCGGCCACAUUUUCAGCCGCAAUCGAAAAGAUUGUGCUUCUUGAUUUCCCGGUUGUUGCUUUCAAGACCCCACAGUAGCUGGUGUGCAUGAGUAUUUGACAAUUUGAAACGAUUUAGAGGUUUUCUAAAUCGGAAGAAUUAAGAAAUUUUAUUAUGUGAAGUCUAUGUGUUCUAGUUUUAUGUGUGGUUUUCUUUUUUGAGAUUUGAUUAUUGUAUGAGGAACUCUUGUGGAUUCUUGAAUGAACCAAGAUGGACCGGUUCGGAAUAAUUACAAUUUUCAAUGCACAAGAUAUAUUGGUGUA